AACCUGAAAGAGGAAAAAAGAGUGAUGGAGGAAAGUAAAGCGACGAAGCAACAGGCAAAGAAAAAUUUAUGGAAAUCAGAAGAAGAUUUGAUCCUCAGAAACUAUGUGGAAACUCAUGGUGAAGGGAAUUGGGCAACUGUCUCCCAGGAAUCAGGUUUGAUGCGAGGUGGGAAAAGCUGCAGACUAAGAUGGAAGAAUUACCUCCGUCCCAAUAUAAAGCGCGGGGGCAUGUCCAAAGAGGAAGAGGAUCUAAUUAUCCGUAUGCAUAAACUUUUAGGCAACAGAUGGUCACUGAUUGCUGGUCGGCUUCCUGGUCGAACUGAUAAUGAGGUUAAGAACUACUGGAAUACCCAUUUGAACAAGAAUGGCCUGCAAGAUAAAAGAAAAGUUAAUGAAUCAAGCAGCUGCAAGAAAAAGGAUGAGGACGACGGGAAUAAUAAGAAGCAGAAGAAAGUUAUCAACCAGACUAGCUAUCCUCAACCGCAAAUGUGCAGUGACAAUUGGGCAAAGCAGGCACAUGAUAUACAGAGAAGGAACCAGGAAGAGAACAGAGAAGUUACAGAUCUUUGGAAUAUGGAUGACAUAACAAGUUCUCAUUACAAUAUAAACUGUCCAAUGGUACCUGCAAAUAACGCGACUUUUAACUUCGACGAUGAGCCUUACUUUAACCACCUUGAUCCCUUCUUCCUGAUUGAAGCAUUUGGAUGCAGUAGUGUUGAUGCAUCACUAGAGAACAUGUGACUUGUAAUUCUUUAGGUUUUGAGAAACCCCAUGUUCAGGUAGGCUUUUAUUGUCAAAAUCCUUAUUCUUUUUCACCCAGUAAGAUGGCAAAUUGUGCCAUUGGACUACCAGUGCUUGUUAAUCAAGAAGAAAUGGAAUGAAUAUCACUACAA